ACUGCAAACAACCAUGUCAUUCGACACGCAAAUAUUUUGCCGUCAACCAAGAACCGUAGGGUUGAUCAACAAAUACUCAGAUGUGGAAUCGUUUCCAAAACCAGCCGCCGAAUGCAGAAGUGCUGUUUAUUCGGCAAAUGGCAAGUACUUUGGGUACACACAACCCACCGAGGUGGUGGUGUUUUCCACUGAAACCAACAAAGUGUUGUUGAAAAUCGAAUUAAGUGAUGUUUUUGACAUUGCCUUCUCACCAAAUGGGACCUAUUUGUGUAUGUGGCGCAAACCAGUAAUGCUCAAUAAAGAGAGUGGAGUCUGGAGCAAAAACGUCAAGAUCUUCAACAUUGCGAACGCUAGAAUCAUUAUGGAGUGGUCUAAUAAGCACCAGAAUGGUUGGAAACCCCAAUUUACUCAGGAUGAAAACCUUUUUGCCAAAGGUACAUUCAACCAAAAAGAAAUCGAAUUCUUUGACAUGUCCAAUGCCGCUAACGUCGAGCAAGUGACUUCAGCUGCAUUCAGAUACAAGCCUGAACUCCCGUAUCAAAGUUUUAGUAUCAGUCCUGGUUUAAACCCGUACCUUGCCAUCUUCACACCCGAAAAGUCUGGUAAGCCAGCCAACGUCUCAAUUUAUAAUAUUCCCAACUUUAACCAAGCGGUAUGCCUGAAGAACUUUUUCAAAGCCGAACAGUGUCAGUUGAAAUGGAACUCUUUGGGAACCGCAUUAUUGGCAUUGGCUCUGAUUGAUCAUGAUACUACCAACCAGUCGUACUAUGGAGAAACCAACUUAUACCUUUUGGGAAUCGCCGGGCUGUAUAACUCGAGAAUCGAUUUGAAGAAAGAGGGACCAAUCCACGAUAUAUGUUGGUCUCCAACUGCCAGAGAGUUUGCGGUGAUUUAUGGUUACAUGCCAAGUGAAACCAGUUUUUUCGAUGCUCGUGGUAACCUUAUUCAUUCUUUGCCUACCUUACCCAGAAAUACCAUCUUGUAUUCUCCUCACGGAAAGUACAUCUUGGUGGCCGGGUUUGGGAACUUGCAAGGAACAGUGGAUAUUUAUGACCGUCAAGACAAGUUUCGUAAAGUGGUGAGUUUUGAAGCUUCCAACACCAGUGUGUGUCUGUGGUCGCCCGAUGGACGGUAUAUUUUAACUGCAACUACGUCUCCUAGGUUACGUGUGGAUAACGGAUUGAAGGUCUGGCACUUCAGUGGCCGGUUGAUCUACUACCGUGAAUAUACCGAAUUGUUUGCGGUGGGGUGGAAACCAGCCAAGGUGGAAGAUUUCCCAGCCAUUUCCAAAUCAGAACCCAUUCCUGGACCAGAGGCUCUGGCUCGCGAAUACUUGGAGAAGAAGCAACUGGCUGCCUCUCUGUCUGCCAAAAAACCAGCUGGUGCUUACAGACCUCCUCAUGCCAGAAAUGGGGAUCUGGCUCCAAAGGCCACAUCUUUGUACCAAAGAGAAUUGGCUUCGUCAAACCAACCUUCCACCUUCACCCCGGGAAUAAGACAAAGGGCCGUACCGGGGGCCGCACCAGUUGUGGCGAAGGAGUCAAAAACCGCUGCUAAGAACCGGAAAAAGAGAGAGACUCAAAAGAAAAAAGAAGAGGAAGAUGAAGCUGCUGCCACCGCUGCAGCCACUGCUGCAGCCACCUCUGCUGAGUCGACACCAAAGCCCGAGGAAGCCCAGCCUGAGGCUGGAGCUGUUGUGGGAGGAGUUUCCUCAAUUGAGGAAAAACGGAUCCGGUCGUUGUUGAAGAAGUUGCGGGCUAUUGAGAGCUUGAAGAUGAAACAGGCGUACGGAGAAACCUUAGAAGACACACAAAUCUCCAAAAUCAACAAAGAAGAUGAGAUCCGCAAAGAGUUGGACAACUUGGGAUGGAGUGAGUGAUUGUCGGGUGCUUAUACGAAUACUUUUAGUUGAUUGACAGUAAAUAGGCUUUAUUCUUUUUUAAUGCACCGAACACAACGUUGACUCCCAAAAUGGCAACUCAUCAUCUCCUCACGACGGUGGAGGCGCGCUUUUUUUGCAAGACUUUUCUGGGCUUUGCCAAUUACUUUACUAUAAAUAGCAAUAUGCAAAUCCUUGAUUUUCCUGGUUAAUGUUAUUGUAAUCCCGCCUUUGUUUGAAGCAAACGCGAUCUACUCCAUGCAAGUCGGCGCAACAUGUUCGUACCGAGCUCACCGGCGAACAAAUGGUUCCCAGUGCUAACCUGCAAAACUCUAAAAAUAAUGCAUUAUUGUUCAAAACAAAUUUCGCGUUCGUCGCGUUGGUGUUGGUAGUCAACUGCUGUUGUGCCUGGCGACCGAGUUGCAACGACAGCGCGCUACCGCUGCCGCGCGUCAGCAUCGACGCCGUCAGAUUUGGCGAUAGACCCAGGGCGUGGAACUGUAGAAUCCCUGUUAUCCCUUGACGAGACAUCUACCGCCCAUGCCAGCAACACUUCAAGAAACCCUUCGUAAUAGCAGAGCCCUGUAGAUAUUCUAAACUCUCUCUAGGUAUACUUUGACCAACAUUUUUGUGGAUAAUUUAGUUGAUAUCGUUUUUAUAGGAAUUUUGCUUGCCAGCUUUG